UUUACCGUCCCUUACAUGGCGUAUCUGAAGUCCAGCCCAGAGCCGUGUGUGGGGUGUCUCAUUCACCCAGAGUGGGUGUUGACAGCUGCUCACUGCCCGGUGCCGGAUAAAAUACGACUGGGAGUGUAUCAACCCAGCAUCAUAAAUAAUAAAGAGCAGAUUCGAAAUUGCUCGCUGACCAUCCCCCACCCAGCAUUCAACGCACAAACUCUGGAAAACGACUUGAUGCUGAUAAAACUGUCCCAGGCCGCUGACGUCAGCGCGCACGUGGGAACCAUCGCCAUAGCCAUGGAGCGCCCCGCCUUUAACGAUUCCUGCUUCAUCCCAACCUGGACUUGGAAUGACUUCAAAAACAUCAGCGACCCAGACAUCCUGACCUGGAUAAACGAAUACAUCCUGCCGGACCACGAGUGCCAUAAUAAGCUAAACCGAAAGCUGGAGGCACCCAUCAUGUGUGUGGGGAGACCGCUGAACAUCAUGUCUAAAAUCAAGGAAGUGUCCGCCUCUCCAGCCAUCUGCAGCGGGCGAGUGCAUGGGAUCUUGUCCUGGGUCAAAGGAAGUGUCAUCCUGGGCAGUGAAGGAUUCUUCACCAAAGUCCCUCCCUAUGCAAGAUGGAUACUGAAGAUCAUCAGUACCGACUAA